CACAUGCAGCAAUUACGACAAGUUCAUGAAAAUGGAAAAUGUUCAAUUAGCUGAAAUGACAAUAAUGAUGUGAUUAUUUGGGGUUUGCGUGGAUGCCGACAUCAGACGGUGAGCUAAGGCGGCGGUUCAGCAUACAGCGCCACUGUUGCAAGCUGCAGCGCACAUCAGUGAGCCUCGAAGAGGCGCGGACACGCAAAAAACCACCCAACACCAAGAACCAGCCGGGUUCCGACAUGGCACAAGAAGGAGCAGAUAUGACGGAGGAAACCGAGUGCAUGAUAGACAGAGACGUUGCGAAGAAGCUGGGAGGCGUAGAAUCUUCCGGGAAUGUUAAAGAGAUGCGGGCGGUUGUGUUGUCAGGCUUUGGGGGGCUCAACAAACUCCGUGUGACAAAGAAGCCAAUGCCGGAGCCACAGCGCGGUGAAGUCAAGAUCCGCGUUAAAGCAUGUGGUUUAAAUUUCCUGGAUUUGAUGGUACGUCAGGGAACUAUUGACUGUCCUCCUAAACCCCCUCUUAUUCCUGGCUUUGAAUGCUGUGGAAUUGUGGAGUCCGUGGGUGAAACUACAAAGAAAUUUGAGAUUGGUGAUAGAGUCAUGGCAUUUGUCAACUACAAUGCCUGGGCAGAAGUUGUCUGCACACCAGAGGAGUUUGUGUACAAAUUGCCAGAUGAAAUGACUUUUGCGGAGGCUGCAGCAUUCGCUCUGAACUUCGUCGCUGCCUACAUGAUGCUCUUUGAGGUGGCCAACCUCCGUGAGGGAAUGUCAGUGCUCGUGCAUUCGGCUGGAGGUUCUGUUGGACAAGCUGUGACUCAGCUGUGCUCCACUCUACCUAACGUCACUGUCUUUGGGGUCGCUUCAAGUUUCAAACACGCCGCCAUCAGGGACUCUGUGACUCAUCUUUUUGACAGAAAUGCUGAUUACAUACAAGAAGUCAAAAAGAUAUCUCCAGAGGGAGUAGACAUAGUGUUGGACUGUCUGUGUGGGGAAAACACAGGGAAAGGUCUCAGUCUGCUGAAGCCUUUGGGAACGUACAUCCUCUAUGGCGCGUCAAACAUGGUAACUGGGGAGACAAAGAGUUUCUUCAGCUUUGCAAAAUCUUGGUGGCAGGUGGAGAAGGUGAACCCUAUUAAACUGUACGAGGAAAACAAAGUCAUGGCAGGAUUCUCGCUCCUCAACCUCCUCUUCAAGCAGGGAAGACCAUCUCUGGUGAAAUCAGUGAUGGACAAACUUUUGUGUCUCUACAACCAAAAAAAGAUAAAGCCAGUGGUGGACUCUCUGUGGGCUUUGGAGGAGGUUAAAGAGGCCAUGCAGCGAAUUCAUGACAGAGGAAAUAUUGGAAAACUCAUUCUGGAUAUGGAGAAGUCGCCUACUCCCUUGAUGGCCAGUGACAGUACUGAGACCAGUGAAGCGGGGGAGGAGGAAGAGGAGCCUGAGGGAGACAAUGACAGCAAAGAGCGCAUGCCUUUUAUCCAUUAGGCCAAACCUGGCAAGCUGCGAGGUUCACCUUGUAGCAUCACGGUGACAGAGUAGUGCAGUCUGUGUGCAUGUCAUGUACUUUUGUAUGUAUUCAUGUUGUUUGUUGUUACUUGCACAUUUUGGAUUUUAUGCAUAAAAAUGCAGCAUCAACUAUGAGAACUGUAUUGUUACAUAUCAUGUUUUUGUUUCACAAUCAUUUGAAACUGAGCUACAUCAAUUAUUACCUCAAUUCAUAGUGACUUCAUAUUUAACUAGGCCCACUAGGCUGCUCUAAUCAUAAAAGCUCAAUUUCAUAACAAAAAUGUUAAAUUCUCCCUGUCCUUAAUGAUGACCGAUGAGAUAUGACACAUUCCCUGUCUCAGUAAAUGCAUAAUGCUUGUAAAUUAUAAGCAACCUUAGCUGCCAAUCCGGGUAUAUUACGCGACACCUUGUGCCUUUAAGUGCUUGAUACUUGAACGUUUUCUCGGUGAACUGUCAUGGCGGUCAUGAGAGGCAAGGGGGGACUUUAUAAUAUGAGUGCAGACCUGCAUAUGAGGGCAUUUGACUUGUGAAUACACUGGUAGGCUUCACUGCUCUCCAUUUUGUUACACUUUGCUGCUUUCAGAUUAAAGCUCGAUCUGUCCAAUACAGAUAAAUAAAUAGAUUUGAUCAGUUUCCUGCGAUUGGCUGGCGACUAGUCCAGGGUGUACCCCGCCUCUCACACAAAGUCAACUGGGAUAGGCUCCAGCAUACCUCCGCAACCCUGGUGAGGUCAAGCAGAAUAGAAAAUGGAUAGAUUAUCAGUUUAUUAAUGGGUGGUGGAACAAUGAACAAAGCAAAAAAAAGAGAUAUUUCUUCAUAAAAUAUGAAGAAAAUAAAUUAAAAUAAACAACUCUUACCAAAAUGUGUUAUAUGUACAGUAUACAAAUACAUCAAUGUUUCUUUGUCACGAUGGCAUGAGCACAGGGGUGGUUUGCAGAAAAUUUACAAGAAAGUUGAAAUCGUUGGAAAACAAAAAAAACCCCAACAACAACAAAAAUGGAAAAAACAGCUGUAUUUUUAUGGGAAUAAAGUCAUAUUCUGUAGAGGAAAGAAGAACAUUUUACAAGUAUAAACUUGUAAUAUUCUGCAUUUUUGUAGCACUGAGUUUAAAUAUUAAAGUUGUAAUAUUAUGAGAAACAAACAAGAGAAAAAGGUUUAAUUUGCAAUAUUAAGUUGGGGAUAAAGUUAGGUAUAUAUAUAGCUAUAUAUAUAUAUAUAUACAUACGUACAUAUGUACGUAUAUAUAUUUUAAUCCCAAUUAAAAAUUGACCGAGAUUACAGCAGGGGGGGAAACAGCAAGAGAAGUUCAGAUGCUUUUUCACCUAUAGGCUAUCACAAAGCUGAAAUGCAGUUUUUUCUUAAAAUAUAUAUACAUUCUUAGCAUAUCUGCAUGUGCUGGCUUACAAAAUAUCAAAGUGACCUUUACAUCUUUUCGUUUUUUAAUAUGUGGCGUUCGGUGAAAAAGGUUUGGAAGCCCUGCACAAGCACAACUUAAUUAGAAUUUGAAACGGUAACAUCUCUUAUCUAUUUCAACACAAACACGAGAAAUGUGAACAAAUCAGAAUGUGUCAAGAGGAGUAGGAUGAUUUCAUCUGUCAGACUGCCAAUUGGGAAGACUUUUUAUGACCUGUCUGAACAAAGUUACUCUAUUUACUUGCUGGUGCCUGAAAACAAGCGUGACCUUAGAGAUUGACUAUUUUCAGAAUGAACAUCCGUGCACUUAGAUGUCAAAAAGAAAUGCUGGACUGUCUAUACUACACCCUGGUGUCUUAUUCAGAUCAGGUAUGUCAUUGUUGUAAUUUGACAUAACUAUCGUAAGACAUAUUUUCUGUCAUUAAAAUCAGCUAACACGGAAAGGAAUAUUGAUUAUUAUCAACAUUGAACAAUAUAUUAGGUAGACACUUCAAAUGCAUAUCAGUAUUGAAUAGAAAUACUUUAUGUAUGUUUGUCAGAGUAGGAAAAAGUGCAUGUUUAUGUGUGUGUACUAGGGAUGCUCCGAUUAGAGUUUUAUGAUGCUGAUUCUUAUCAAUACCGAUCACAUGGAUUGAUGAUACAUUUUUCUAUUUAUUUAUGAUGAGUGCUGUUGGCCAGGGGAGCCAUAUAAAGUAGGGAAAUCUGGACAUAAAAUAAGUAAUUACGAAUAAAAUUAGUAAUUAAUGAAUGUAGGCUGAUCGAUCGGAGCAUCCCAAUUUUGUGCUGAUGUGUUACUCAUAUUGUGUUGAAAAAGAGGAUAACAAAAUUCAUUUGUUUUGUUUGUUUUUUGGAUACAUCCGUGGCCACUAUUUUUGC